UAUGCUAAAAACAUUUUCAUGUUUUAUCGAUAGUUUCAGCACAAUAAUGACCGAUUUCGAGUACUCUGACAUUAAUCCCGCGAAUGAGCUUGAAAAAAGGAUCGCGGAUGCAUUUCUAAUUUUCGAUCAUCACGGCAACAAAACGGUGGAUGUUCGUGAAAUAGGAACAAUUUUGCGGUUUUUAGGUUGCGUUCCCACCGAAGCGGAUGUGAAUGAGGUAAUCUCAGCAACGGAAUUUGAAGAUUCGAAUGGAACUGUACAUUUGUCCAAAUUCUUACCGUACGUUAGCCAACUGAUAGCUGAGCACAAAAUGGAACCGGCUCCGCCAGAAAAAUUGCUUAAGGCGUUCCGUGUACUAGAUCAAGAGGGCAAAGGGUUCGUCGACAAGGAGUAUAUGACAAAGCUUAUCACCGAAGAAGGGGAACCGUUCACUGUGGAGGAGCUGGAGGAAAUGAUGGCAGUUGCUGUGGACAUGGCCACCGACAAGAUUGCCUAUGAACUCUACCUAAACCAACUGUUGGUGGAUUUCUAAAAUUGCAGACCACUCGAGUUUAAUAAAAAUCACCUUUCGUUCAACAAAUAAUUUUUUUAAUGGCAUCGACAUGAGCUUUGUAGCAUUUGAAACUACACAGUGGCACGUUCGUUUUGGAACAGUUGUACCGUUUAAUGUUGGAACAGUUGGAUACGGCGCAAAGCGUGGGUUUGGGUGGUUCGCGAGGUGUUUGAGUUCGAAGCGGAAAAGCUACACCCGGCGGUAGUGAAAUUGAGGCCCCGUCGACACCAUCAACGUACGUUAUCAUAGGUACUUUUUCUUUAAUCGGUCGGUUCUUAAUCGCUUUUA